CCGGGCGGGCUGCGGGGCACACCGGGCGGGAGCGGGCCGUACCGGGCGGGCUGCGAUCGCAGCGGCUGCCGGAGCCAGGUUUGAGGCUCUGAAGGAGGCCACCCCCCAGGCAGCCAUGGCCCCCACACUGGCCACGGCGCACCGGCGGCGCUGGUGGAUGGCGUUCACAGCCAUCAUCGAGAACCUGCUCUUCUCCGCCGUCCUGCUGGGCUGGGGGUCCCUGCUCAUCAUGCUGAAGGCAGAAGGGUUUUAUUCCUACCUGUGCUAUGGGCUAGAGACCACCACCAACAGCUCUGAGGACGAGAACAGCACAGCUUCAGAGCACAAAUGGCCUUCCUGCAAUGCCCAGGAUGAAAUGCUGAACUUGGCCUUCACCAUCGGCUCCUUCCUGCUCAGUGCCAUCACGCUGCCCUUGGGAAUUGUCAUGGACAAGUACGGCCCUCGCAAGCUGCGGCUGCUGGGCAGUGCCUGCUUUGCUGUGUCCUGCGUGAUGAUCGCAUACGGUGCCAGUAACCCAGACUCUCUGUCUGUGCUGAUAUUCAUUGCCCUGGCUCUGAAUGGCUUUGGUGGGAUGUGCAUGACCUUCACAUCGCUCACGCUGCCCAACAUGUUUGGUGACCUUCGUUCCACCUUCAUUGCUCUGAUGAUUGGCUCCUAUGCUUCCUCUGCUGUGACUUUUCCAGGAAUCAAGGUUAUAUAUGACUUUGGGGUCUCCUUCAUCCUUAUUCUGCUUGUCUGGGCAAGCUGUGCAGGACUCGUUUUCCUCAACUGCUUCUUCAACUGGCCCCUGGAGCCUUUCCCAGGACCAGAAGACAUGGACUACUCGGUGAAAAUAAAGUUCAGCUGGCUGGGAUUUGACCACAAAAUCACCGGGAAGCAGUUCUACAAGCAAGUGACGACUGUGGGGCGCCGUCUCAGUGUGGGGAGCUCCAUGAAGGGCCCCAAGGAGCCGGCAGCUUUGCAGGAGAACAACAAGCUCUGUCUGUCUACAGUGGACCUGGAAGUGAAGUGCCAGCCUGACAGUGCAGCUACUCCCUCCUUCAUGAGGAGUGUCUUCAGUCCCAUCCUGUUGCUCAGCCUUAUCACCAUGUGUGUCACUCAGCUGAGGCUCAUCUUCUACAUGGGAGCCAUGAACACCAUCCUGGAGUUUCUGUCUGGAGACGAAAGUCAAGUGGCUCUCUACACUUCCAUUUUUGGGGUCCUGCAGCUGCUGUGCCUGCUGACAGCGCCUGUGAUCGGGUGCAUCAUGGACUGGAGAAUGAAAGAGUGUGAUGAUGGCUCAGAAGAGAAUGAGGAGAGCAACGCUGAGCAAGGUGACAAGAAAAAGAAAAAGCGUGACCGUCAGAUCCAGAAAAUCACCAACGCCACCAAUGCCUUUGUAUUCACGAACUUACUGCUGGUUGGAUUUGGAAUCACCUGUCUUAUUCCUAAUCUACCAUUGCAGAUUCUGUCCUUCAUUUUGCACACAAUUGUGAGAGGAUUCAUCCACUCAGCUGUGGGAGGCCUCUAUGCAGCUGUAUACCCCUCGACUCAGUUUGGCAGCUUGACAGGGCUGCAGUCGUUGAUCAGUGCCCUCUUUGCCCUUCUGCAGCAGCCUCUCUUCAUGGCACUGACAGGACCUUUGAAAGGAGACCCCCUCUGGCUCAAUGUUGGCUUGCUUGGCAUGAGCCUCCUGGGUUUCUGCCUCCCAAUCUACCUGGUCUGCUACAGGCGCAGGCUAGAGAGAGAAAAAAAGCAGAAGAUGGAAGAUGCCAAACUUUUCUUCAAAAUCAAUGGCACUCCCACUGAGGAAGCCUUUGUUUAAACUGGUGCUUCAUGUACAACCUCCCCUGUACAGGUUCCUACCACAUCCGUGGGUUCUACCUGUGGUGUAAGCCAGGACUUUUCUCCCCUGGCUCUGCCGGUCUUUGCUCAUCACUGGAGCGAGGGCUGGACAUCAUGACUGAUAUGCCUCAGAUAUAUGGCAGGAGGAGACUUCCCACUCCUUACUCCAAAACACAGGACACUUUUCCUUUUUAUAAAGGCCAUACAGAUAUUGUGUCUUAAAUUAUCCCCUGAUCACACUCUCCAGCAGCAGAGAGUUUGCAUAGGAAACUGGGGAGAGAAGGAAUAGAGGGAUGGGGGAAGAGGGAAGACAGACCAUAAUUUGAGUUUGCAAAUGUAAUACACUGAAGUCUGUUUUCUCCCCCUCUUCCCCCAGCCUUGGCUGACACAGUCUCGGAUGCAAGCUGCACUCUCCUCCCUCCCCAAGGCUUCAUAAUGGUCUUUCUGCUUGAUGUGUAGCUGGACCCAGUGGUUUUACUGUGUCUCCAGACAUAUCCCUGUUUCUGAGGCAGGGAAGAGGUUUUUAUUCCCAUGUGUAUGAGCACAGCUUCAGUGUGUAUUGCUAAAUGUUGGCUGCUAGCACUGACAGCUCCCAAACCUUUUAUUACUGCAAAUGACACAGACUGUGAGCAAUGGAUCUGCCUUCCACACUGAAAUGAUGAAGAGCCUAUAGUGGACUGCUGGUCCUAGACCAAGCCUUCGGAGGCCUGGAAUUCCUCUUCUUCCCAGUUCACAAAACCAUCUGUAUAUGUUUUAAACUAUCUGCAGUCCUGGAGCCUCUGAGAUAAGAACUGGAUCUUCUUUACCAAUGAAGUGCUUUGAGACUUGUUGCCUUUUGCCUCUUCCCUCCGACAUGACCCUGGGAGGGGAGCAGCAAUGUGUAUUCAGUGAAGUGGAGAAGCUUCUUGAAGCUGAGUUCUGGGGGUUCAGACACCUUGGUGUUCAUGUGCUGUGAGCUGACCUGCUGGUGAAAAGAACCAAGAGUGCAGAACACUCCUUUGUGUCUGGUAACUGGAUCCUGUGGACAUAUGGCAGGGUGAUGUGGUGAUGUCAUUUUUAGCCAUAAGCUUAUUUACCUUGCUAUGAUAAUGGUCACCUAACUGCUGAACACCAGGUUACUGUGACUGACUAAAAUGCUGCCAGUUUGGCUGUUCUAGGAGCCUUCUACAAUGUUGAUGCUCUGUCUGGACAGAGCACAUGGUGACUGAUUGUAUGGUGAAGCUGACUGUCAGAGCAAUACAUGUGGGUAAAGGUGCUCCAGGUCUGUUCACACCAGGGAGUGGAAUACAAAGGGAAUUUUUAACCUGCUUAUUUUUAUAGAGGUUUUCCUUGUCUAAAGCAGACUUUUCUGCCCUUAACCUUCUUGUUGAAGUCGGUAGCUCAGGCUCUGUAGCCCUGUGUUAAGCACUGAACCGAGUGGAGCUGCUGGAAGCAGGACUGUGCAGGGGUGAGGAUGAGCAUCCCCGGUGGGUGUGUGGCACCGACUGCACUGGGCUGAGCUGGUGGCUGCGGGAAGGUUGGGGCAGAAAUAAAACAAUUAUGAAGACCCAGUGGUGGUGUUUUACUACACAGCCUGACAGGGGCUCAGACAUUCACCUUGGCUAUAUCUGGUUGGAAAAGUACAAGCGUUGCUCACUGGCGAUUAGAAACAACACCGUGCUGAGACCUUCCUGUGAGAAAUUACCUGAAAGCUGGUUGUUAACUCCUUCGUUGGGGGUUUGAAGGAGACAGAACCUCAGCCCGGGCAGGGUUUCACCUUUCCUGAAAAGCGCCAGAGCCUCGGCAGCAGGGCCGUGAGCCCCGCGGGUCCCUGGCUGGUGGCGGUGCCAGCGCAGGCGGCCGGGGCCGCUCCGCGGGCCGGCAGCGCCAUCUCGAGUCGCUGCUCCCGCAGGCGGGGCGAUGCUGCUGCGAGCCGCGGUACCUUUUAGUCUAAAGUUACUCCUUUCGGAAGGACUCGCCACUUGAGGAUUUUACACUUUUUUUUUUUUAUUUUUUUUUUUUUUUUUUUUAAUGUGUUGCCUUUAUUAAAUGUGUUUGUUUCAAGACAGCUUUACUGCCUGCUGUCAACACUGUACUCUUCUGGAACUUUUUGUCUUUUGGUGAUGAUUUAGUGACCUUUCCAUCUUUUCUUUGAGCAAUAAUUCAGAUGGCAGAGUUUUGAUUCAUUUUCCUGGUUCCCUGUCUUGUCUCAAGUACGUGUUCAGAGACCCACCAGCAGUGCUACAGCCUGCCUAGAUUGCCAGAGGGCUUUCUGCAGAUUUCUGCAUUUUGUAUUACGAUACUUCUAAAUGGUUUUGAGAAGAGUCCUGUUCUUGCUCAGAGAUAUUUGUGACAUGACAAUGACAGCUAUCAGGUGAGUGAGCCUCCAUCCAUAGUCUCAGUGUCCUAAAGCAUAGUUGGAGGGUUGUUUCAUGUGCUUUACUUCCGGCAUUACUUCCACCUCAGUUUCAGAGUUGAAUGUGAUUGCUUCCACUCUUAAGUCACUUAAAUGCCUGUUACAAAUGUCUCAGCAAAAUAGUGGAAAAGAGAGUGGCAUAUUUUAAUGAAGUCUUAGUGGAGAUGCUGCUGCCUUUUAAUUUAGCUGCACAUACUUCAAAGGACACACUUUUGUUUCUGCCAUCUACCUCCCUGCUUCAGUUCCCAGUUCCUGCCCUUUAUUAGGGCUAUCUUCAAAUCCAGUUUCAUCUGAUAAACUGGUGGAUGUGUGUGCUUCUGUUCAGAAGCUGCUGGUCAGGUGUGAGGAGUAGAGUUCAUGCCCUGGUGGGUACACAGGGAAGUUUUAGCUAUUCAGGGUUGAACAGAUAAAUGAGAUCAUGUUCUCAGGCCAUGAAAAGUCAAACUGUGGGAUUCUUUGCAGAAGAAUUUAGUGGGGAACAAAAGUAUCAACUUUUUUUUAAAAGAGGCUGGUUAAACAAUGCAUCCACUAACUCAGGGAGAUUUUAAGUUGCUGUAAAUGAGAAAGUUAUGCCAAGGAAAGAUACUCGUCUGCAUGUUCUGUCUUGUAAGAAUUGGUCAAAGCUGGAGAAAACACGCUGGGCUAAAGUGAAACACUGGUCUGAUCUAAUGGGGUGAAAUUUAUUCUGACACUUGUGAACCAAACUAAUUUCAAGAGCACUCUAAGAUUUAUCUAUCCAAAACCUGCAUCUGCAUUCACGAUGUGCAAACACUACUGAUUGUGGCAUAACUGCUUUAGAGCUGCACCUCCUGCAGCAGUGGGGUCCUUGGAGGGCAAUAUUCUGCCUUCAGCUUCUUCUGAACAUUGUCUUGCACAGUGCAGAAACACAGCUGGGGUGGUGCCAUCACAUGUGGUUGAUCAGGGGCAGUUUGCCUCAUCCUUUGAUGCUUAGGGAAGUGGAAUUGUGGGUUAUAUACAUUCGGAGUGGAAAACAGCGUUGCUGCUUCCCAGCCGAGUGAUGCAGGACCAAGACAAUUCCUGGUGCGCUCCCUGUGUGCAUGAGCCACCUUGUGGGAAAAAUAAAUGGGCUACCAAAGACUGGAGAGUCACAGCAGUUUGCAUCAAUAAUGCAUUUAUCUGUAUAACUCAAAUACAGGUCAAUGUGUUUAACUGCUUUCAUAAUUCCUUAACGAUUUGUAGGACUUGGGGAUUUUUAUGCCCUUCCUUACCCUCAUCCAUAUGGGAAGUGCAAGGAGGGUGGCCAUGGGAAAGACCUCCAUGGAAGCAACCCCAGCUGAAUGUAAUGAAGCAGAAACCUGAUCUGUGAGUACCUCAGAGUCAAAGGUUGCUGUGUAAAGUGAUUUCACCUUCUGGAGACGCUGCUCCCAGGCUCUACAGCCUCUCACAUGCAUUUAAUAUGCAUUUGUAUUUAAAAAAAAAAAAAAAAGAAAUUCACAGCGUGGGGAAGGGAGGGUGACAGCUUUUUGCUUUCACUAAUCUGCCAGAACCUAAGCCCCGUUGACACAGCCUUUGUAACGCUAAUGCAAUGACACUAUAUCAGAAGUAGCAGAGAAAAUCUGUGCUGUUCUGCUUAAUAGGACACUUAAACUAUGGCAGUCACUGAGUAAAGCUAUAUAUGGAUCCUUGAGAUGAAACUGGACACAGAUGUCUGGAAAAAAAAAAGGGGCAAAUCUUGCUGAGACACCAACUGCAAUGCUGCUACAGCAACUGAAGUGUUCAACUCCCACAGCAAAGCCCAUCCUCUUCAUGCUCUGUCUACAAAGGAAAAUUGCAGGAUAAUGAGAUUUUAACUAAGCCCGUAAAUCACUAAAAUGUUUUCAAGUAGAAUAUUUCCCUCUUGACAGGCUGAUGAAUUUGGAAAAUAUGCUACAAAAUUUAAAGCAGAUACUGUAGGGUAAAAGGAAUGAAAUCUUUACACAUACUUGCUACUCUUUUUUUCCCCCUUUGAGUUUUUUUCUGCAUCUGCAGAGCUUUUUGGUAUUCCCUACACCCCAGUUUAGAAGUGCAAAGUGCUCAUAAUGGCAAAUAGUAUUACAGUAGGAUUCCUGAUGGGAACAGACUGGUUUGGGGUUUUUUUAAUUAAAAAAAAAAAAAAGGUCACUUCUGAAUUAUAAGUCACAAUGUUAUCUUCUCUGGAAUAGCUGAAACAAUGGUGUGUUAUGUAGCUGCAGUCUUACAUGUUAAUUAUAAAGCCCACAGGUCCUUGUUUUCCUCCAUGUGCUGCCAGCCUGUCUGCGCAAUCUGUUUUUUCCAGGUGUCCUGUGCUCCAUGUUGUCAUCCUGCUGCUGUUUGUCACUUCCUUGUGCCUGACCCUUUGUCACCUGCUUUUUAUUCUGGAGACAACCCCCCCUUUUAGAAAACCCCCUCUUUAACCUGCCAGCAUUACCUCUCCCACCUUUUCCUGUCCACAGAAUUUUUUGUAGCGUUUGCCGAAGUCGAAUUGUAAACUCCUUGGGGCAGGCCUGUGUCAUCUUCUCUGUGUUUGUAAGGUGAUGUGCAGUACUAUUUCAAAAUAAAGUGAUAAUAAGUUAA